UUAGCAAUCGCUCGAGUCUCGCCUCCAUUAUCUCACUUCGCCGUCGCAGGCAUCGCCGCCGGCAAUUUCUUACCCUUAUUUCAUCUUCCCUCUCCUCUGCUAUACCCCAAAAAAAAAAAAACAGAAAAGCCACAUAAAAGAUAAAAACCUUCGCUUAGCUUUUUUUGUUGAUUUUGCCGUCCGAUUCGAUUUCUUUUGUUGUUUUUGAGUUUCUUAGGGUUCUUAGUUUGGUUUCACUAUAAUAACGAGAGGGGAGGGAAGAGUAACAAAAACCCCCAAAAAAGUCAAAAAAGUUUCGAAAAACCCAAAAAAAGAGAGAGAAGAGAAUGGCGCAGGUUCAACUUCAGGGUCAGGCUGCGAAUGGUUCGACUGUGGCUGCUGCACCGGUCACGCCCGGAGGAGCAGCCGCCUCCCAGUUCGGCACCACGUCGCUUUAUGUGGGGGAUCUUGAUCUCAAUGUGACGGACUCGCAGCUUUUCGAUGCGUUUAGCCAAAUGGGUCAAGUUGUCUCGGUUCGUGUCUGUAGGGAUUUGGCCACUCGCAGAUCACUUGGCUAUGGAUACGUUAACUUCACCAAUCCCCAAGAUGCUGCAAGAGCCAUCCAAGAGCUGAAUUACAUACCACUUUAUGGUAAACCUAUAAGGGUUAUGUAUUCUCACCGUGAUCCUAGUGUUCGCCGAAGUGGCGCUGGGAACAUUUUUAUCAAGAAUUUGGACGAGUCCAUCGACCACAAAGCACUGCAUGAUACGUUUUCAACGUUUGGAAACAUUGUGUCAUGUAAGGUUGCUGUGGAUGCUUCAGGCCAAUCAAAAGGCUAUGGAUUUGUGCAAUAUGCCAGUGAAGAAUCUGCCCAGCAAGCUAUAGAGAAACUGAACGGCAUGUUGCUUAAUGACAAGCAAGUGUACGUGGGUCCUUUCCUGAGGAGACAAGAAAGAGACUCGACUGCAAACAAAUCCAAAUUCACCAAUGUGUACGUGAAGAAUCUCGGGGAAAAUACUAAUGAUGAUGACUUGAAGAACGCUUUUUCGGAGUAUGGAAAGAUAACAAGUGCUGUGGUGAUGAAAGAUGGAGAUGGCAAGUCUAAGGGCUUUGGGUUUGUUAACUUUGAAAAUGCUGAUGAUGCUGCUAUGGCUGUGGAGUCUCUCAAUGGGCACAGAUUUGAUGACAAGGAGUGGUAUGUUGGUAGAGCCCAGAAGAAGUCCGAGCGGGAAACAGAACUAAGGGUCCGUUAUGAACAGAAUUUGAAGGAAGCUGCAGACAAGUUUCAAAGUUCAAACUUGUAUGUGAAGAAUUUGGAUCCUAGCAUUUCAGAUGAGAAACUUAAAGAGAUCUUUUCUCCUUUUGGUACCGUCACAUCUUGCAAGGUGAUGCGGGAUCCUAAUGGAACAAGCAAAGGCUCGGGUUUUGUUGCUUUCUCAUCUCCUGAAGAAGCAACAGAAGCUAUGUCACAGCUGAGCGGUAAAAUGAUUGAAAGCAAGCCACUCUAUGUUGCUAUUGCACAGCGGAAGGAAGACAGAAGGGUCAGACUACAGGCUCAGUUCUCUCAAGUGAGGCCAGUUGCAAUGCCGCCAUCUGUUGGUCCUCGCAUGCCAAUGUAUCCCCCAGGUGGUCCUGGGAUUGGACAACAAAUGUUCUAUGGUCAGGCCCCUCCUUCCAUGAUUCCUCCCCAGCCUGGGUAUGGGUUCCAACAGCAGCUUGUUCCUGGAAUGAGACCUGGUGGGGGGCCACCCAAUUUUUUCAUGCCCAUGGUUCAGCAACAGCAGCAGCGUCCUGGAGGAGGAAGACGCCCUGGGGGAAUCCAACAGUCCCAGCAGCAAAAUCCCAUGAUGCAGCCACAGAUGCAUCCAAGGGGUCGGAUGUUCCGGUACCCCCAAGGACCCCAAGGCCGUGGUGGUAGUGGUGAUGUGCCUCCAUAUGACAUGGGCAACAACAUGCCAUUGCCUAUUGGAGCUUUGGCUUCAAAUCUGGCUAAUGCUAGUCCAGAGCAGCAGAGGACGAUGCUGGGUGAGAAUCUAUACCCGUUGGUGGAGCAGAUUGAGGCAGAGUCUGCAGCAAAAGUAACUGGGAUGCUUUUGGAAAUGGACCAGACGGAAGUGCUCCAUCUAUUGGAGUCACCAGAAGCUCUCAAGGCCAAAGUUGCAGAGGCUAUGGAUGUUCUAAGGAGUGUUGCAGCUGGUGGUGCAGCCGAGCAGCUUGCAUCCUUGAACCUCUCUUAACUUGUUUUACCAUUUGAUCUUGGCUGUUGUCUCUCGCAUACAAUUGGAGUUGUUUCUUCUGUUUUGUUUUAUCAGGGGGAAUUUGUAUUCCUCCACAUAACUCCCACUUUUGUGCUGUUUUUAAACCUUCUUUUUGAAAUCACAAAGGAAAAACAUAUCUGCUUUGUUCUUUGGAUUUUA